GGCGGUGCGUCCCUCAGUGCCGGCCGGGCGGCGGGGCAGAGCUGGGCCGUGCUCGCCGGUGCUCGGCGGUGUUAUCGGGGCAGCUCGGCCCUACCACCGCCCUUGGCUGUGGGGUGAGGCGGUUCCUGAGUUCUUGCCGGGCCCGCAGACGUUGUGAGAGCUGUGUGCUUUGCUGGAGGAUGGUCCGGGGUCACCUGUGAGAGGAGAUAGCUGAGUGAGGAAAUGAAUCGAAGGCUGAUACUGAAGCUUGAAAAUCUGAUCCGUUUCCAUGGUGCUUGCAGUCAGUUGCACACUCUUGUCUGCAGGAGAGUUUGCAGAGCACAAUGGAAGCCUGUGCCGUCAUCUGUGCAUCCCACAAGGUCCGUUCAUCCAUAUCCACAGUGCUGGGAGAAAGACAAGUUGAUCAGAGCUGCCUCAUCGCCAUGCAGAUGUUUAGCUACAAAGGAGGAGAAGAAAAAGGACAGGAGGAAAUUACCGAUGACCAAAGGGGAAGUGGAGAUAAGGCAGCAGAUGACUAUUGAGGAACUUGCAAGAGCAAUGGGUAAAGACGUAGAUCAUGUUUAUGAAGCCCUGCUGUACACAGAUAUUGAUGUCAAUUCCCUGGAACCAGAUUCCAUUUUAUAUGAAGACUCGAUCAAGUUAAUUGUUAAAAAAUCAGGAAUGAAGUAUAAGUCAGCAAAACUGAGGGAAGAAAAAGAAAGAGAAAACAAAGAUGCAGUGAAACGACCUCCUGCAGACCCGGCAUUCUUAACUCCGCGACCCCCAGUUGUUACUAUAAUGGGCCACGUUGAUCAUGGGAAAACAACUUUACUUGACAGCCUGCGGAAAACUCAAGUGGCAGCCAUGGAAGCAGGGGGCAUCACACAACACAUUGGUGCUUUUCUUGUGCAUCUGCCUUCUGGGGAAAAGAUCACUUUUCUUGAUACUCCUGGGCAUGCAGCUUUCUCAGCCAUGAGGGCAAGAGGUACAUAUGUGACUGACAUCGUCAUCCUGGUUGUAGCAGCAGAGGAUGGAGUGAUGCAGCAAACCAUAGAAUCCAUUGAACAUGCUAAAAAUGCAGGAGUUCCUCUCGUCCUUGCUAUUAACAAGUGUGACAAACCUGAAGCUGAUCCUGAAAGAGUGAAGAAGGAAUUGCUGGCUCAUGGUGUGGUCUGUGAGGAGUUUGGAGGUGAUGUUCAGGCUGUAAAUAUUUCUGCACUCAAGGGUGACAACCUGAUGGUUUUGGCAGAAGCAACUGUUGUUUUGGCAGAGAUGUUAGAGCUGAAGGCAGAUUACACAGGUCUGGUAGAGGGGACCAUCAUUGAGUCUCGCAAAGACAAAGGGAAAGGUCCAGUUACCACAGCCAUCAUCCAAAGAGGAACUCUGAGGAAGGGCUGUGUUCUGGUUGCAGGGAAGACCUGGGCAAAAGUGCGUUUGAUGUUUGAUGAGAAUGGCAAAGCUGUAGAUGCAGCCUCUCCCGGCAUCCCAGUGGAAAUCAUGGGCUGGAAGGAAGUCCCUUCAGCAGGAGAUGAAAUCCUUGAAGUGGAAUCUGAGCAAAGAGCACAUGAAGUUGUGGCCUGGAGAACCUACGUUGAACAACAAGAGAAGAUGAAAAAGGACAGAGAAGUUAUUGAAGCAAAGCAAAAGGAACACAGAAUGGAAUAUGAGAAGAAGCAACAGAAUUUAGCCCAUUUGACCUGGAGACAAAGAAAGGCAGCCCUGUACAAGGAGGGCAAGCAUCUAAUGCUCAUAAAACCAAAGGAGAGAGCAGAAAUAGACAAAAAUGUGCUGUCGAUAAUCAUUAAAGGUGAUGUGGAUGGAUCUGUGGAAGCUAUUCUGAAUGUUCUGGACAGCUAUGACGCAGAUGAUGAGUGUAAAUUGGAGGUCAUUCAUUUUGGAAUGGGAGAUAUCAGUGAAACAGAUCUAAGUCUUGCUGAAACAUUUAAUGGCGUUGUUUAUGGAUUCAGCGUGAAAGCCAAUGAAACCAUUAAAAAGAUGGCUGCUAAGAAGGGAAUAAAAAUUAAACUCCACAACAUCAUCUACAAACUCAUUGAGGAUUUGAAAGAUGAGUUGAGUAGCAGACUGCCCCCAUCCGUGGUGGAAAAUACAGUCGGGGAAGCUUCUGUUCUUGACACCUUCUCCGUAACAGUGGGAAAAAACAAAGUUCCAGUAGCUGGGUGCAGAGUACAGAAAGGGCAGCUGGACAAGAAGAUGAAAUUUAAGUUAAUCCGUAAAGGGAACGUUAUUUGGAAAGGGUCUUUAUCAUCACUGAAACAUCAUAAAGAUGAUGUCCAGGUAAUAAAAACAGGUAUGGAUUGUGGAUUAAGUUUGGACAAGCAUAUAGAAUUCAGUAUCGGAGAUGAAAUCAUCUGUUAUGAAGAAAAGGAAAUUCAACAGACAACUUCCUGGAAUCCAGGGUUUUAGAACAUGAUUGGAUACCUCACACUGUAGAGGUUGUGCCCUGCUCCUUGCCUUUUAAUAUUAAAUGAACCUACUUAUGAAAAAACUCUUAUGUGUCCCUGUA